CGCCUGAUUUGGAGCGCGAAGAGACGUGGGAGCGCCGUAAGGAUCUCCACCGUUUGCGACGCAGCAGCCGCGUCGUGAGAAGCGUCACCGAAGACGAUUUUGACGAGCUCCGUGGAUGUAUCGAUCUCGGGAUCGUGUCCGGUGAUGGAUCGCUUGAAAGCGGCGAUUGUUCUAAGAUCGCCAAGAUUCUGCCAGCACUCGAUCUGUAUCUCGCCGUCCAGCGAGGAUUGAACGGUUCGGUUUCUACCGGCAGGUCUACGCCGUCGGAAUUUUCUUCAUCUGUUGAAUCUCCCGACGAACCUCACCUUUCGAUGUUCUUCUCAGGAAGCACUCCGUCGGAAGUUAAGGGAAAUUUGAAGCAGUGGGCUCAGGUGGUGGCUUGCUCGCUGAACCAGAGUUGCGGAGUCCGGCGAUACCCAGGCGGAUGAGUUGGAGGCCUCCUACUCUUCUUAUUCUUCUCAUUUUUUUGAUUUAGAAAAACAAAAAUCCAGACUUUGACAUUCCUGUGAUCAUUGAUUUAUGUAUUUUCGUUGAACGAUGGAUUUGAAUUGUACUUUUGUAAUAUGCGGUGGAUCAUAGGACGAUUCUUUAUUAGUUGGUUUAGUUUGAACCGCUUAAAACCGUUGCAGUGCAUUUUCUGUUGAUUUUAGCAUCUAUUAAAAUUGUUGAUGUUUAUAAUGUAA